AUGCUAAUUGCGCUUAAUACAAACUCUACUCCAACUACAACAACUACGACAACUACUUCAACUUCAUCAGCUUCACCAACACCAGCAAUUACAUCGACUAAAACAACUUCAUCGAGCACAACAAAUUCACUGACUACAACAAUUUCACCAACCACGACACCUAGACUGACUACAACAACUUCACCAACCACAACACCUACACCGACUACAACAACUUCACCAACCACAACACCUAAAACGACUACAACAACUUCACCAACCACCCAACUGCACCGACUACAACAACUUCACCAACCACAACACCUACAACGACUACAACAACUUCACCAACCACAACACCUACACCGACUACAACAACUUCACCAACCACACCGACUACAACCACUUCAUCAACUACAACAACUACAUCUAUAA